CCGAAUAACGUCGACAUAUUUCAACAAAUUCACCAAAAAUAUUUUUAAAUUAUGUACUUAAACCUUCCUCUUGAAUCACUCCCAUUCAUUGAUAAAAAUCAUACGUCGGUAUCGUCACUCACUCUAUACUUAAAAAAAACCUUCUUAUUUGUUCAGGGAGGAAGAAAGUGCCAAAUAGAAGAAAUUAUUGAAGCGUUCACGAGGGCCUUAGACGAGGCGGUGCAAGAAGAAUCUGAUACCGCGAGCCAAAUUGCAGAAGAAGAAUGGGAAGCUAUCAGACCAACAAAAGUGGAGAGAAGGGAGUUCUUGUUGGGCAAAAUCAAAAAAUAUAUUUCAAAGAAUGGGAUAUGUGAUAAUUGCACCUUCUGGGAGAUGAAGACUGGAGAAACUUGGGGACAGGAAUACCAAAAUCUUAGUAGGAAUAUUACGUCACAACUGAUUCCCGUAGGAACAUGGAGACCUAGUGAUGGGGCUACGAUGAUUGACGAAUUAUUUUUACACAUCGCCCACGGUUUCAGAAAGAAAAUUUUGCCAAUGGUGACCUUUCAUGUAAGUUAACGAAUUUUUGAAUCAACAUUUUCUACUCAAUUCCUCGAUUAU